CAGAUCCACACCAGCCUCGCUCAGGAGAGGAGGCGGGGGCGCCGCGCACGCGCACGGGUCGGCGGUGCGCGCCGAGCGGGGGGCACCGCGCGGUGCAGCCACGAUGGAAGGGGGUGCGUACGGAGCGGGCAAAGCCGGGGGCGCCUUCGACCCUUACACCUUGGUGCGGCAGCCACACACCAUCCUGCGCGUCGUGUCUUGGGUUUUCUCCAUUGUGGUCUUUGGCUCCAUCGUGAAUGAGGGCUACCUUAACAACUCAGAUGAGGAGGAGGAGUUCUGCAUCUACAACCGAAACCCCAAUGCCUGCAGCUAUGGCGUGACUGUGGGCGUGCUAGCCUUCCUUACCUGCUUGCUCUACCUGGCGCUGGAUGUGUACUUCCCACAGAUCAGCAGUGUCAAGGAUCGCAAGAAGGCUGUGCUGUCGGACAUUGGUGUCUCGGCCUUCUGGGCCUUCUUCUGGUUCGUGGGUUUCUGCUUCCUAGCCAACCAGUGGCAAGUCUCCAAGCCCCAGGACAACCCUCUGAAUGAAGGGACGGAUGCAGCACGGGCCGCCAUUGCCUUCUCUUUCUUCUCCAUUUUCACGUGGGCAGGACAGGCUGUGUUGGCCUUCCAAAGGUACCAGAUUGGCGCCGACUCGGCCCUCUUCUCCCAGGACUACAUGGAUCCCAGCCAGGACUCCAGCAUGCCUUAUGCACCCUACGUGGAGCCCAGCGCUGGGCCGGACCCUGCUGGCAUGGGUGGUACCUACCAGCAUCCAGCCAACUCCUUCGAUGCUGAGCCCCAGGGUUACCAGUCACAGGGCUACUGAGCCCCCAUGAUGGUGGUGUCAGUGGCUGCCUACCCUGCCCUUGCCCUUUCAUCCUAGUUCCCCUUCCAAACACCUUGCUCCCUCCCAGGUGACCCUGCCUAGCACCUGCUC